GUUUCGUCCAGACUCUCUCAUUGAGUCUCGAGACGUCCGUAAAGCUGGUUUAAUCAGGAUCGCGUCGAAAUAUAGUUUCAUCCAUCUCGUGUGCUCGUUUUCUACAUCGACAGUCAGAAAAGGAAAGUUUCGCCCGCGCGGGUAAAAGAAGAAUCGCCGACGACUCGCUCGCCAAUUCAUCAUUUAUCGACCAUAAGCGACUAUGCUGAUCCGACAGUGCGCCCUACGGUACGCCCGACGCGGUGCAAAUCGUUUCGCCGUCGACGCCACGAAAGACCUUCUGGGAACCAUGCCGUGCCCGUUCUUGACCCGUCUGUCCGCAAAUUAUGUUCGCAACUACGGAUCGUCCCUGAUAACGAACUAUCGGCAGCACUGCCCGGUAAUGUCAAGGCUGUUCAGCGCGGCAGCGGAGUCGGAGGACUUGGAGGCCCAGCCAGCCGCGGAAUCUGUGCAGAAUCAGUGCCCCUUUCUGUCCAGGGAGCGAGACGCGGUUAAACAGGCCAGUCCGGCGGUGGAGGAGGACGUGAUCAAUCUGGGCGUUGCGGAGAACGAGAACGCGCACUUCCCCUACGAGGAGUUCUUCCACGAGCAAAUCGUGCGCAAGAAGGAGGACCAUUCGUACAGAGUGUUCAAGAAGGUGAAUCGGCUGGCCGAGGACUUCCCGGCGGCGAAGGAGUACUCGUGGGGCGAGAAACCCAUCACGGUAUGGUGCUCCAACGAUUACCUAGGCAUGUCGCGUCAUCCCGCGGUGAUCGGUGCGGUUCGCGAGGCUCUAGAUAAGUUCGGCGCCGGCGCUGGCGGCACGAGGAACAUCUCGGGCAACUCGAUGGGCCACGAGAUGUUGGAGAAGCGAUUGGCGCUGCUGCACCAGAAGGACGCCGGCCUGCUCUUCACCUCCUGCUUCGUCGCCAACGAUUCCACGCUGUUCACGCUGUCGAGAAUCCUGCCGGGCUGUCGCGUCUUCUCCGACGCCGGGAAUCACGCGUCCAUGAUACAGGGCAUAAGGAACAGCGGCGUGCCGAAGCACAUAUUCCGGCACAACGACGCGGCGCACCUGGAGGAGUUGCUCUCGAAGGUGGACAAGAGCGUGCCGAAGAUUGUCGCGUUCGAGACGGUGCAUUCCAUGACGGGCGACAUCUGCCCGUUGGAGGAGCUGUGCGACAUCGCGCACGAGUACGGCGCGAUCACGUUCAUCGACGAGGUCCACGCGGUCGGCCUGUACGGUUACUCCGGCGCCGGGAUCGGCGAGCGAGACUGGAUGCUUCACAAGAUGGAUAUCAUUUCCGGCACCCUGGGAAAGGCGUUCGGUAACGUCGGCGGUUACAUCGUCGGUUCUGCAAAGCUAAUAGAUAUGAUAAGAAGUUACGCCGCUGGCUUUAUCUUCACCACUUCCUUGCCGCCCACCGUGCUCUACGGGGCCUUGGCGUCCGUCGAGAUCUUGGCGUCGGACGAGGGCAGAUCAUUGAGGACCAGUCACCAGGAAAACGUGGCCUAUUUGAAAUCUAUUCUUACUGCCGCAGGUCUUCCAUUGGAGCCAUCGCCGUCUCACAUUAUUCCAAUAAAAAUAGGAGAUCCCUUAUUAUGCAGUCAGAUAGCGGACAAAUUGUUGAGAGAUAAAGGACAUUAUGUGCAAGCCAUAAAUUAUCCAACGGUUGCGAAGGGCGAGGAGAAGCUGAGACUAGCGCCCACGCCGAAGCACACUCGGACCAUGAUGGAUAAAUUUGUGCGAGAUACAUUAGAUGUUUUCCAUCAGCUGAAUGUACCUAAGGAGACUAAGCAGACCGAAGUACCGCGUGCUAUUUUGGUUCAUUGACGAAUAUCGAUAAAAAAUAAAAAAAGGCAUAAUACAAGUGAUCAUUGUCGUACAAAAAGAUAAAUAUCUGUGAGUAGAUGUAUGCUCAUGCUGUUAUGUGCAACAAAAUUUGCAAUUGUCAGUAGUAGAUUUCGGCAUAUUAUCGAAGUUAAAUCAUUAACAGAGGUUUAAAUAAACUGUUAAAUAUUAACUGAU